CAAAAACACCCCGGAAUGAGCUCAGGCCGCCUCCACUCGCCCCGCCCCCCACGCCCUACCGGGGAGCCGCCUCCUGGCCUGGUUCUGGGAACAGGGUCCCAGUCCCAGGUAGGUGGCCAGCCAGGUGCAGCCAUGUCCGUGCAGGUGGCAGUCCUGGGGGGCACCGGGCUGGGCCCCGAGCGCCUGAACCCCGAGGAGCUGGUGCGACAGACAAGGCAGGUGGUGCAGGGGCUGGAGGCCCUGCGGGCGGAGCACCGCAGCUUGGCGGGGAGCCUGGCGGAGGCCCUAACGCACCCAGACCCCACAGCCGGCCUGGAGCUGCUGGAAGAGAAGCAGCAGGUGGUCAGCCACUCUCUGGAGGCCAUCGAGCUGGGGCUAGGCGAGGCCCAGGUGCUGCUGGCACUGUCGGCCCACGUGGGUGCCCUGGAGGCCGAGAAGCAGCGGCUGCGGGCACAGGCACGGCGGCUGGCGCAGGAGAAUACGUGGCUGCGGGAGGAGCUGGAGGAGACGCAGCGGCGGCUGCGGGCCAGCGAGGAGGCCGUGGCGCAGCUGGAGGAGGACAAGAGCCACCUGGAGUUCCUGGGUCAGCUGCGGCAGUACGACCCGCCCACCGAGAGCCAGCAGCCCGAGUCCCCUCCUCGCCGAGACAGCCUGGCCUCCCUGUUCCCCAGUGAGGAGGAGGAGAGGAGAGGUCCCGGGGCGGCGGGGGCCGCGGCGGCGCAGCAGGGGGGCUACGAGAUCCCGGCGCGCCUGCGCACUCUGCACAACCUGGUGAUCCAGUACGCCGGGCAGGGCCGCUACGAGGUGGCGGUGCCGCUGUGUCGCCAGGCCCUGGAGGACCUGGAGCGCAGCUCGGGCCACUGCCACCCCGACGUGGCCACCAUGCUCAACAUCCUGGCGCUGGUGUACCGGGACCAGAACAAGUACAAGGAGGCCACCGACCUUCUGCACGACGCGCUGCAGAUCCGGGAACAGACACUGGGCCCCGAGCACCCCGCGGUGGCCGCCACCCUCAACAACCUGGCAGUGCUCUACGGGAAGCGGGGGCGCUACCGCGAGGCCGAGCCCCUGUGCCAGCGCGCCCUGGAGAUCCGCGAGAAGGUCCUGGGCAACGACCAUCCGGACGUGGCCAAGCAGCUCAACAACCUGGCGCUGCUCUGCCAGAACCAGGGCAAGUUCGACGAGGUGGAGCGGCACUACGCCCGAGCGCUGAGCAUCUACGAGGCCCUGGGAGGGCCCCACGACCCCAACGUGGCCAAAACCAAGAACAACUUGGCCUCAGCCUACCUGAAACAGUCCAAGUACGAGCAGGCGGAGGAACUGUACAGAGAAAUCCUCAGCAGGGAGGACCUGCCGGCACCCCUGGGUGAGACCCCUGCCCCAGCCCUACCCCACCAUGGGCUCUUACUGACUCCCCUCAACGCCCUCAUGUCCCCCAGGAGCCCCCAGGACAGGCACCGCUGGCGACACAGAGCAACAGGUGAGGAGGGGCUGCUGGAUGCCCCGGGAUGGGGGGGCCGAUGGGCAGGGACUAACCAGCAACCCCCACCGGCAACCCCCCCCCCCCAGACCCUCCGGCGGAGCAGCUCCUUCUCCAAGUUCCGUGAGUCCAUCCGCCGGGGGAGCGAGAAGCUGGUCUCUCGUCUUCGAGGCGAGACGGGGGCCAGAGGGAUGAAGAGAGCCAUGUCACUCAGUGUGCUCAACACCGACUGCCCGAGGGCUGUGGGCUCCCAGUUCACCAGCCACCACCUGAGCGAGGCCUCGAGGACCCUCAGUGCCAGCACCCAGGACCUGGGCCCCCGCUAAAGCCCACAGCACCAGGCGGCCACCACUUCUCAGGAGGGGCGGGAUGGGCAGAAUGGGGGUCCUUUCAACUCUGCACUCCUUCCCCAUCUCCUGGGGGCGGUCUCCCAGUGUGUGGGCCUCCCACUGCCCUCUGCUCCGGUGAUUAAAGCUGUAGAAACCUC